AUGUCACAACCGCUUCAGAAGUUCAAAUCCGGUGAUGGGACACAAGCAGUGAGUCUUUCAUACGAUCCAACUGGCUGGAUCGAGAAUCACCAAAUGGAAGAUAUGGACAACAGCAAACCAGACGCACAGAUGAAACUUCAACGUAAUCCGCGGAAGUUGCCAGCUGUAUCACGCAGAGUCAAGGAUGGUAUUGCGAACGAACAAGUCUCCUUUAUCAUUAUUACACGUGAUAACGCUCAGCCUGAUCCAUACUGCCAAGUUUCUAGCACACAUGGACCGCUUUCAUGGCCAGCAGUUGCCGAUGCCUACAAUCGAAAGUUUCGCAUUGGACAAAACCCGAUCGGCUCUGCAGCCAUGGAGAAACGUGCUAGACAGCAUCGUGAAGCGUGGAUGAUGGCGCGGCCUGAUUAUCCUCAAAAUAUAGUCUAUGCUAAGAAGACAACAGUGGCCAAGUCUGAGCGACAUCGGGAGGUCAAACCGGAGCGCGUUCCUCACGUUACCAACCCAUUUCCUAAGGAAGUUCGAUCUACUAACGAAGCCCGCUCAAAAGCGCUGGAUCCAAUACGGGAACAAGACAUGUACGCCUUCUCGAAAAAUAAGGUCUCGGCGGCUGAGCCUAGCAGAGAUGAGCACACUACUAUAGAAGUAUGCGAUUUUUACGAGACAAUCGUCGAUGUUCUGCAUGUUCGUACGCGAGACAUUGUUAAAACAUCAGUUCUCGCGGCCGAAGAACGAAAAUCUGCUACUGGCAUAGGUGUGACGCUUCAAUCGCCUUCAGUGAAAGCUGUCGAGCGAUAUGUCAGCUGUAUCUCCCCUAAACAACUGAUCACCUUGCCAGUCUUUGAUUUGAAACGAGGGCGACAGCGCGAUACUACGAUUGGCCCACGCAUCGUGUGGGAUUUCACUGCGUUUGCAGACCUGUACAAUGUAGCCUCCGUCAUGCAGGACUCCCACGUUCGUAAUCUUGUUUUGAAUCAAUGGGCUUCAAUGCAGAAGUGGGACAUACAGCUCGAGAUAGAUGCACAGGCUCUUAACAGCUUGUUUGACAGCACUGAGCCCGAUGAUCCUGCUCGGGCUUUCUGGGCAACAGCAAUAUACUUUGCUGGCGCAGCGCAUGAGAUUCUUGAAAAGAACGAGUAUCAUUUGAGUCUGUUAGGUAUGCUCAAGGAGCUUUCGGCUCUCUAG